AUGCCGUGUCCUGCUGGAUGUAGUACUGAGGCUAGCCAGAAUUAUAGUGGUGACUCUUGUAAAUUACUCAUGUCAGCCUAUAUCCUUGCUGGACUUGCGAUGAUGCUUAAUAUUAGGUUAUCAUAUAGUUCAGCUCCAUAUGCACUUAUUAGAUUUAAGUUACCUGAAAAUCUUUUCAGUGUAUUUGUUAGAAGAAUGGCUAGUGCACUUGAGCUUUGGUGUUUACCAAGUAUGUUACUGGGUAACAUAAUAGACUUACUUCAGAAACUCAUUAUUUACCCUAAAAUACUUCAAAAUGAAGCUGGUUCAGGUGAAUCCGAUCGUGGAAAGCUCCGAGAACAGGCCAAUCAACUACAUCAGAAAGCCAAUACACUUAACACUGCGGUUACCGCCGAUGGUGAUACGGCUGCUGCCAGAGUACUCAAGGCUAAGGCUGGUGAUCAAAACGAUGAGGGAAAACUUAGGAAACUGGCGGAAAAUCUGCAUGAUAAAGCCAUUCAACUAGCCCAGGCAGUUGGUAGUUCUAGUCCUGUUGAUGGUGGUGCUGCCAAAACUCUUGCUAGUGCUGUCGGUAAUAAAGAUGAGGCUGGUACUGGUAGUCCAAAGGAUCUUCGACAGGCUCUACAUCAACUUAGUAUUGCUCUUCCUGCUGCUAGUGAUCUACCUAAUAAGGCCCAAGCUGUUAGAGAGAAAUACACUCUAGUCAAACUUGCAUUCAAUAAAGUUGUGGGUAAAAAAUCUACAUACAAAGACAAGGGUCAUGAACCUCUAUAUCAAGCAGUUGAGUCAGCAUGGGAUGCUUUCAAUAAUGUGUAUAACCCAGAAGAACCUCUCAAGGAUGUUGUCGGAGCUAGUGAUACGGAAGGUAGUCCUGGUAGUCCAGCUAAUCUUCGGGAGGCUCUCAAUCAACUUGGUUCUGCCACUAUUCUUCAACUACAUAGAAGGGCAGAGGAAGUCAAAAAGAAGUUUGAGGGUUGGGGUGCGGUUAAAUCUAAAUUCGGAUUGGUUCAGGCACAAGUAGCAGCAUACAAUGCUGAUAGUAGCUUUAAAGAUACCAACUACAACCCUGUUGAACAGGCGUUCAACGAGUUCAACAAACUUUAUAGAAAGGCCAUAUAUUCUCCCAAGUUCUAUUCCAUCAUCGUUCCGUCCAUAAUGUGUCAAUGGUUAAAUUUCCUCACAUAUGUAAUAUUACUGAUUGUGUAUCUGAUGGGUGGUGAGCAAGGCCAUCUAACCACGUUUUAUUUCGUUAUUGCGAUAUCUGGUGUUGUGUUUGGUAUUAAUAUGACCCUAGUUUAUUCUGUUGACUUCUAUUAUAUACCCGUCUAUAUUGCUGGUGAAAACUCAUUUCCAAUUGUAACAUCAUUCAUACACUACCUUAGUACUCUGAUGUUUGGUAAUAGAAGGAAAUGGAACAGUGACUUUCUACUUGUAAAGAUAGAUAUUUGGGUUGCAAUCAUAAUCUCCUUCGUAGCAGCUAUCGUAUGGACAGUAGGAUACGUGUGUGAAUUCAGUGGUGAAUACCAUGAUAUGAAACACAUACAUGCACAUGGAUUCGGAGGAGAACCUAAUGGUUACCAGAUCUCUCCAUUUCUAAUGAUAGUUGUUGGUAUGGGAUUAGUCUAUGCUAUUUAUCCCGGUAUCGCACCUGGUAUGAUUGUACCAUUCUAUCUCAUUGAUAAAAUCGAAAUGGUGCUUCUCAUAGCUACCAUAUUUCCACCAGUCAUAAUUGCCAUUCUCAGAAUAAAGGCAAAGUCUUGGUCUCCUCAACACAACACUGGUACAUUCCAUAAAUGGAAACUAUACGAAUACACAGAAUUUGGAAAACCCAAUGAUAAGAUUACUGUCCAUGCUUACCUAUGGCACUUCUUUGAUCUAUUGAUGGUGAUUAAGAUAACUCUAGCAGCUAUAUUCAUUUAUUCACUUCAUUAUAGAGAAUCUCAUAUAUCAAGAUCAAUCAUUAACCAACCUAAAAUGUCAACAUUUCUAUCCAUUACAUUUUAUAUGUGUCAUGAGAUUCUACUAGCUGUAGGAUUCUCAGGUUUCAUAGGUAAUGAUGGUGGUGACUGGAUAUUGAUACCCCAAUACAUAGGAGCGCUAUUUAUGAUAUUCUUAGCAUUUUAUUCAGAGGGAUACAUUAUAGAGUAUAAGAGUCAUGAUCCUGCUCAUUGGCCCACAGAAGGUAUGACUAAAUGGAACGCGUUCUGCUAUUGGUGUAAAAGAGCCAUUAAGAUAAAAAUAACAUGA